AUGCCUUCUUUUCUCCCCUCAGUCGGCAAGGGGCGCAAGAUUUACGAUUUGAACAACGUACCUCUUGUUUCUGGGACCUCAUUUAUCAAAUGGCAUCUGCCGCAUUCUAUGCAUGCCGACCAUCGUGGCCGCACGCCCAAGGCGGCCAUCGCCAAUCAUCGGGUGGAAUACAACUUCAACAAAGUAAUAACGGGCGUUCGCAUGUCCGUCGACAAGAACAACAGCCUCAAUGAGUGUCUGAUAGAGUUUGAGAUUGUCCAAGAAUUCGCCCUCACAGAGAAGAUUACGCUUGGCCACAUCAAGCUCAAUUUGGCUGAAUAUGUUGAGGAGAGCGAAAUCUUCUUGAGAGAGGUGAAUUCCGUGUCUUCGACCAGAAAACGAACGAAUAGUUCGGGGAGCCCAACAAGUGCCAAGGACCUGAAACUGUCGGAUGAAGUCCUAAGAGACGCUGAAGAGGGCAUCGUCCGCAGAUAUCUCAUGCAGGACAGCAAGGUCAACAGCACUCUCAAGAUUAGUAUCCUGCUCAUCCAAGUCGACGGCGAACGCAGCUUUGUCGCGCCACCACUCAAGACGGCUCCGGUAUUUGGAGGAAUUGCAGGCUUCAUGGUUCCAGAACAAAACGAAGAUGAGAUUCUAGGACCUCUGCCGACUCUAUCUAAGAAUAGAGAUGUCGCCGAGAUUCAAGAUUUGUAUCGCCGGACUCUCGCAGCUUCCUGGACCCGACAGCCCUCGGAGCUCCAUACGGAUGAGUGUAUCGAGGACAUUUUUGCCGGCGGAAACGGCUGGAGGACAAAGCACAGAAGUGCUACCAGCCCCGACUCCGAAGAUGACGAAUACGACGACGAUGGUGACAACUCUGGCACCCUCCGGCCCAACGAAUUGCGCCGCGUGGGCAUCAACCACCGCCGCAACCACUCGGGCUCUUCCAACCACAUCCGCCGCGGCAGCAACAACUCGUACCACCCUCCCAGCAGCCCGCGCCCUCACCACCACCGCACGCCCAGCGGCUCGAGCGAUAAGAGCGUCUCGACCGUCACCGGCGGCGGCUUCGGCCGCCUCAAGAAGGGCGUGCGCAUCCUCCGCGACGACGGCAGGGAGACGCCCUCGCGGGACGACGACAUGCUCAGCACCAGGAGCGUCGGCAGCCUCGUCAGCGCGGCGCCGACAAUGGGCAGCAGCGAGCGCGAGAGGGAGCACAUGAAGCGAACAAAGGAGAUUCGGGAGUCGGACGUGAGGGAUGAUUUGGUUGCGUGGAGUUUACCUAGCCUGGUGUCUGCGUGA